GGUACGAUGACCCGGCGGAAUGUCGAGCGGCUUCUAAGAGUCGCUGACCCCUCGGGUGGUAUGCCAGACAAGGAAGUUGACCUCCUGGACCCUCAUUUCCAAGCGCCGCCGGAUGGGUCGGAGCCGCUUGUGGAGGGGUCUCCGGUGCGAGUGUCGCCCGACUGUACUGUGAAGGAUGCCUAUCUGCUCAUGAAGGUCGCAGAGAGUGACGGUGUCCUCUACGUGACCGACAGGGGUAUCUUGCAAGG